AAUGAUCACAUGAUGGAAUACAGAAUAGAAAUAUGUGACGCUUAUUUAGCAUGUGCAGAAUACUCAGGACAUAUUAAGGUUAAGCCUCUUGUCAGUAUUGCUGUACCAAUUGAUGAUGAAUCUGAUGAUACAGUGAGUGAAGCAGAGCUCCAGGAAAAGGCAGUGGACAAACUAGCUGGCUCCUUAGACACUCUUGCUUCACUAGAGGAUGUUGGUAACCCUAAAAAUGUCCGCACUAUGAUUAUGUCUUUGUCAAAUACAUUAACAACAGCAACACCCGCUCCGCCUGCAUUGGAAGACAUCCCAGCAGAAGAAGCAAUUGGAGAUCGCCUAAUGGAAC